AUGUCUGCAACCAGAGGCAAUGGAGAGCACUGGAAGUCCUUGGAAUCCGUGGGGAUCAGCCGUAAGGAGCUGGCUCUUGCGGAAGCCCUGCAGAUGGAGUAUGAUGCCCUGUCCCGCCUGAGGCAGGAUAAGGAGGAGAGCCAGGCUAAGCAAAAUACUGACCAGCCUCUCAUUACCUGGGAUGAUCCAAUUCUGGAUUACAACAAACCUGCUGUCAGGAAUGACUGCCAUAAUAUCAAGGUCAUGCGAGGCCUUUCUGGCUCAGACCCCACCCUUAAUUACAAUGCCCUCUCUGACCAGGAGGUUUCAAGAGCUUUUGAGACCAGCAACACUACCUCAUCGAGUCUGCUGCCUGAGCCAGAUAAUCAGCCUUGGUUGAAGGGACCUCUCUCCAGUGACUACUUGUACAUCUUUGACAGCUCAGGGGGAGAGUUCCUGACUGAGUCCAGUAGGACAUCCCAUCACAAUAGUGGUGACAGCAGCUCCCCCAAGAAGCUUUCUCCUCCCCCAUUGCCUCCUCGCAUUGCUAUCUGGAAUGCUUCUGAAGUGAACCAAGCAUCACUUAAAGGGUCUCAACCCAAUGAUAUCAAUAUGUUUUCCUCAGCCCAUGAGAGAGCUGAUGGGAAAUUGCUAGGCCGUAGAAUCUCAGAGGAAGACCCGUAUAGCACUGUGGACUAUGAUGGCAUCAAUGAUGCUAUCACAAGACUAAACCUCAAGUCCACAUAUGACACUGAUCUUCUGAGGGAAACCACAUGGAGCUGGAAGGGAGGUCGAAGUAUUUUUGAGAAAGAAAGCAGUGGAAAGCCAGUUGCUCGCAGCAAGACCAUGCCUCCCCAAGUCCCUCCCAGAACCUAUGUAUCCAGGUUUGGUGAACGGAAGAAUGCUGCACCUAACAAGAACCGGAGGAUCUCAGCAGAUCCGGGCACUUCUCGACAUUAUCCUGUGGCCAACGGCUAUGAGUUGUUUGAGGUCUCUGAGGAAAAAGAUGAAGAGGUUGCUGCUUUCUGUCAUAUGUUGGAUGUCUUGAGAUCCGGCUACAGUACAAAGGACUACUCCCUUACUGGUUAUGUCUGGAGCACUGUGAACCUCAGUCCCGAACACCUUGGCCAUGGGGUCAGCUUGAAAGUGACCGUGGUUUACGACAGUCUGCAGGAGCCUCUCACCUUCACCUGUGACUGUUCUUCCACAGUGGACUUGCUCAUUUAUCAGACGUUGUGCUACACUCAUGAUGACUUGCGUGACAUCGAUGUGGAUGAGUUUGUGCUCAAACUGUGUGGCCUGGAGGAAUUCCUGCAAAACAAACACCCGCUGGGAAGCCAUGAAUACAUCCAACACUGCAGGAAGUUUGACAUCGACAUCCGGCUGCAGCUGCUGAAGAGGAAGGCUGUGCGCAGUGACUUGGCUCGGACACCAAACGAUGAUCAGAGUCCCUCCACGCUCAACCACUAUGUUCACCUCCAGGAGAGGCCAAUCAAGCAGACCAUCAGCAGGCAGGCCCUGAGCCUUCUCUUUGAUACCUUCCAUAAUGAGGUGGAUGCAUUCCUUGCAGCUGAGGGAGACUUCCACCUGAAGGCUGAGCGGGUGAUCCAGUCUGUCAUGGCCAUUUGCAGUGCUCUCGCUGCUGUGGAGUCUCAGGAGAUCACAGGUGCCCUGAAUCAGCUGCCACCGUGCCCAUCUCGCAUGCAGCCCAAGAUCCAGAAGGAUCCAAACAUUCUGGCCUUGAGGGAAAAUAGAGAGAAGGUUGUGGAAGCUUUGACGGCUUCCAUCUUGGAUCUGGUGGAGCUCUACUGUAACACAUUUAAUGCGGACUUCCAGACUGUGAUACAUGGGAACAGAAAGCAUUAUCUUAGCCAAGAGGCCCGGCUCCUUACCUGUCCCCUCUCUUUCACAGUCUAUGCCACCCAUCGCAUACCCAUCACCUGGGCGGCAAGCUAUGAAGAUUUCUACCUCUCCUGCUCCCUCAGCCAUGGUGGCAAGGAGCUAUGCAGCCCCCUGCAAACCAGAAAAGCUCAUGUAUAUAAAUACCUCUUCCAUCUUAUCAUCUGGGACCAGCAGAUCUGCUUUCCAAUUCAAGUGAACCGUCUGCCACGGGAGUCUCUUUUGACAGCCACUCUCUAUGCCGUUCCGAUCCCACCUCCUGGGAGCUCUUCAGAGACAAAUAAGCAGCGCCGGAAUCCAGAGGCCUUGGGCUGGGUUACCACCCCCCUUUUCAACUUUAGGCAGGUUCUGACCUGUGGGCGAAAACUCCUGGGCUUGUGGCCAGCAACUCAAGACCCCUCCAGUGCCAGAUCGAGUGCUCCCAACUUCAACCAACCUGACAGUGUUAUUCUGCAGAUUGAUUUUCCCAGCUCAGCAUUUGAAGUCAAGUUUACUAGUCCACCUGCAGCAGACUUCAGUCCAAAGUACAACUUCCACAGCCUCCUUGAGGAAGACCAGCGGAAGCUGAAGGAGGUGAUGCAGAAGGAAUCGCUGUAUUGGCUCACAGAUGCCGACCGGAAGCGGCUGUGGGAGAAGCGUUAUUACUGCCAUUCUGAAGCUGGCUCGUUGCCUCUGCUGCUUGCUAGUGCUCCGAGUUGGGAGUGGGCAUGCUUGCCGGACAUCUAUGCCCUGCUAAAGCAAUGGACGCACAUGAACCAUCAGGAUGCCCUUGGACUCUUACAUGCAGCGUUCCCAGAUCAGGAAGUGAGGAGGACAGCUGUGCGAUGGAUCGAUUCCAUAUCUGAUGCUGAGCUACUUGAUUAUCUGCCCCAGUUGGUACAGGCUCUAAAAUAUGAAUGUUACCUGGACAGUCCUCUGGUGCGGUUUCUAAUGAAGCGAGCCAUCUGUGACCUGAGGAUUACCCACUAUUUCUUCUGGCUGCUGAAGGAUGGACUUAAGGAUUCUCAGUUCAGCAUCCGUUACCAGUAUCUGCUGGCAGCUCUGCUGUGUUGUUGUGGGAAGGGCUUGCGAGAGGAGUUCGACCGGCAGUGCUGGCUUGUUAAUACCCUGGCUAAGCUGGCUCAGCAGGUCCGUGAGGCUGCUCCAUCGUCACGACAGGGCAUCCUUAGGGAGGGACUGGAGGAUGUAAAGCAAUUCUUCAAUGUCAAUGGCUCUUGCCGCCUGCCACUUAGUCCAAGCCUGCUUGUGAAAGGGAUCGUGCCUAAGGAUUGCUCCUAUUUUAAUUCCAAUGCCGUCCCUCUGAAGCUGUCCUUCCAGAACGUUGACCCUCUUGGAGAGAAUAUCCGUGUUAUUUUUAAGUGUGGAGAUGAUCUCCGGCAGGACAUGCUAACGUUGCAGAUGAUUCGCAUAAUGAACAAAAUUUGGGUGCAAGAAGGUUUGGACAUGCGCAUGGUCAUAUUCCGGUGUUUUUCAACAGGCCGUGGUCGUGGGAUGGUGGAGAUGAUCCCCAAUGCAGAAACCCUGAGAAAGAUCCAAGUGGAGCACGGGGUGACAGGCUCCUUCAAGGACCGUCCCCUUGCAGACUGGCUGCAAAAGCACAACCCUAAGGAGGAUGAAUAUGAGAAGGCAGUGGAGAACUUCAUCUACUCAUGUGCUGGCUGCUGUGUAGCCACUUAUGUGCUGGGAAUCUGUGACCGGCAUAAUGACAACAUAAUGCUCAAGACCACUGGUCACAUGUUCCACAUAGACUUUGGCAGGUUUCUGGGCCAUGCCCAAAUGUUUGGCAACAUCAAGAGGGACCGAGCUCCAUUUGUCUUCACAUCGGAUAUGGCAUAUGUCAUCAAUGGUGGGGACAAGCCUUCCAGCCGUUUCCAUGACUUUGUUGAUCUCUGCUGCCAGGCCUACAACCUGAUCCGCAAGCACACUCAUCUCUUCAUCAAUCUGUUGGGCUUGAUGCUAUCCUGUGGGAUCCCUGAGUUGUCUGACCUUGAGGACCUAAAGUAUGUCUAUGAUGCACUGAGACCACAGGACUCUGAGGCCGAUGCUACCACCUAUUUCACCAGGUUGAUAGAGUCCAGUCUGGGCAGUGUAGCCACGAAGCUCAACUUCUUCAUUCACAAUCUGGCACAGAUGAAAUUCACAGCUUCAGACUCCCGGCCAACACUUUCCUUUGCUCCCCGUGUGCACACUAUCAAGACAUCUAGCCGGAUCGUUGAUGUCUUCCUGUGGCGUCAUGAAAAAGUCUUCAAUCCCAGCAAGGGCUAUAUAUACAUUGUGAAAGUGAAACGGGAGAACCCCUCUGAGAUCACCUACAUCCAGCGCACUUUUGAGGAGUUCCAGGAGUUGCAUAACAAACUGCGCCUCAUAGUUCCUUCCUCUCUUUUACCCAGCUUUCCCAGCAGGUUUGUGAUUGGACGCUCACGAGGGGAGGCAGUUGCAGAAAAGAGGAAAGAAGAACUGAAUGGCUACAUCUGGAAUCUACUCCGUGCUGCCCCUGAAGUGGCUGAGUCUGAUCUGCUGUAUACAUUUUUUCACCCCCUUCCAAGGGAUGACGUGGCUGCAGGCACCAACCCAGCUCCAAAGCCUGCAGAUGCCACAUGGUCCCAGCCUGUUGGGAAGAUGGGUGGAGAAGUGAAGCUGUCAAUCUCCUACAAGAACAACAAGCUCUUUAUCAUGGUGAUGCACAUCCGAGGUCUGCAGCCUCUUCAGGAUGGCAGUGACCCUGACCCUUAUGUCAAGAUCUAUCUUCUGCCUGAUCCCCAGAAAACUACCAAGAGGAAAACUAAAGUUGCUCGAAAAACCUGCAACCCAACUUACAAUGAAAUGCUUAUUUAUGAUGGGAUUCCAAAAGGAGACCUCCACCAGCGGGAGCUGCGUCUCAGUGUCCUGAGUGAAGAGGGCUUCUGGGAGAACAUCCUCCUUGGGGAGGUCAUUAUCAGACUACGGGACCUGGAUCUGACACGGGAGAAGAUGGGCUGGUUUGAGUUGGGCUCUAGGAGCCACGGGACCAUGUGAGGAACAGAGGCAGCAACAGCGGAUUUGGAACCACUCUGGCUCCACGGGAGUCCCUGGGAAUUGGUGCACGUUCCAGGAGUUGUAUCCUGGUAUAUCUGAAAGUUUCCUGCAAAUAAGAAGGAUGGAUAUAUAGUUUCUUUGCAAAUGAAGGGUUAAUUUCCUGUGGAGAGUGAGCAUUUGGGGUUGAGCCAUGAUGGGAAAUCCUAUUAUGACUUGAAAUGGCUGCCGUAGACUUGUCGUUUUAUACAUUUACCUUGUGUCAAGGGAGCAAUGAAUUAUAGUGUGGGGGGGAAUAUUAGGGGGUCUUUUUCUUUGGGGAUAUUUUAAUUUUUAAAAAAGUAAAAAAAUAAUUUGAGUCCAGAUAGGACAUAAGACCUUGCAGG